CGUGAAGGGUAAGACCGUGUUCAAUCACCUGAUGCCGGGAAUCUGUUACUCCAACAUCACCUUCCAGCUGGUAUCCGAGACCUCCUUCAACGAGACCACCUUGGUGAGAAGCAGCGGCAUAGGACACCAGCCACAGCAACACCGCACAGCUCCUUAUCCCCCCCAAAACAUUUCCAUACAAAUAUUGCGUGUGAACCUCAGCAGAGCAGAAGAUCCCGGAGAAGGAACGUCCACAACAGAGAGCAACGUCAUCAGCCCCAGCGGGAGGUCCUCGGAGACAUUUGAUGAUCCGUUUGAGAGCUCAGCUGCAAGUUCCUCCUAUAACUGGACUGAGGAGAAAUAUCUAUUGAAUGGCAGCUCUGAGACCACAGCGCCGCCCUACUGGUGGGUCAGCGAGACGGCCACAGUGGAUGUGGAAGGGUUUGUCAAUGAAAUUCCCCCAGACUAUGAGAAUCCAACUUUAGGAAGUUUCUCCUCUGAAGCUGGCCAAGAUCUCCGUCCUCCGUCCAGGUUCCAAGUCUCCAUCAGCUGGUUCCCUCCAAAGCCACCAACGGCAUUCCAUGGUUUCAACAUUUAUCUUCACAAAGACGGAAAUGUGACUUUAAUUUCCACCGUGGAUGAAAAUACUGACGACUUUGUAACUGAGCUGAUGGAGCCGGGAAAGUAUCAGUACACCGUAAGAAGCGUCAGCUCUUCUGGUUCUUGUGACGCCCGCGAAAGCAGAGAGGCCAAAACACUCAGCUUCUAUAUAGCUCCGGAUGGAAAAUGGUUUGAGGAACUGACAGAAAAACCAAAGAAUGUGACGGUGAGAACUCUGAACUCUACGUCCGCAUUGGUGUCAUGGACGUCCUCCAUGGCCAGUGACGCUAUUGUGUCCGUGUGCUCCCAGACGUGUCGGAAACAGAAGGAGAGUCAGAGGCAGGAAAAGUAUUACUGUAAGGAGGUCAAUCUGACCGGCAAUGUCAUCACAAACAUGGUGCCCGGAGCCCAGUACAGGGUGGUCGUCUACCUGCAUAGAGCCCCGUUACUAGGCCCCCCGUCAGAUCCGGUUCUCUUCUCUAUUGAACCAACCGGAAUCAAGGACUUGGUGCUGUACCCUCUGGGACCGUCAGCCGUGGUGCUGAGCUGGAGCCGCCCGUAUCACAGCGUCUUCCGGAAAUAUGUGGUGGAAAUGUUUUAUUUUAGCCCCGUUACCAUGACAUCGGAAUGGACUCCAUAUUAUGAAAUUGCAGCAACUGUUUCCCUGACAUCUACAGUGAGAUUGACCAAUCUACUUCCUGCCUGGUACUAUAACUUCCGAGUGACAAUGGUGACGUGGGCGGAGCCAGAACGCAGCUGCUGUGAUACUUCCACCAUAAGCUUCAUAACAGCUCCUGUGGCCCCCCGCAUCACCCAGGUGGACUAUGUGAAGAAUCUGCUGUAUAUCACCUGGCGGUACGGAGAUAAAACUUUGGAUCUUUCACAUUCCAGAAUGUUGCACUGGCAGGUGACGGCAGAAGGGAAGAAAAGGAUAAAGAAGAGUGUUUCCCGGAAUAUGAUGACAGCUAUGAUGGCUUUACCCGCCGGAGACGUCUACAAUAUCACCGUCACCGCCUUCACCGAGAGGAGCAGCAACUCAUCUCUGCCAUAUCUGGUGAAACUCGAUCCGGCUCCUCCCAAGUCUCUGUUCGCGGUGAAUAAGACGCAGACGUCGCUCACUCUGCUGUGGGUGGAAGAAGGAUUUUCGGAUUAUUUCGAGGUGUUCUGCCGUUGCUCUGACUUGGUGCUCAGUGAAUACGACAAGGAUGCGGUGAUCGUUGUCUCUCAUGUGGUGACAAUAUCCAAUCUACAUCCCGGCACAUCGUAUAAUUGCAGCAUCACCAGUGUCAGCCACCACAGUGCCAGCGUGCCCACCUUCAUCACCGUCUCUACACUGGUUGCCGAGAUGAACCCGAAUGUUGUGGUGAUUUCGUUGCUGUCCGUGCUGAGCAUUCUCCUGAUCGGACUCUUGUUGGUCACUUUGCUGGUCCUAAGACGAAAGCACCUCCAGAUGACACGGGAGUGCGGAGCCGGAACAUUCGUCAAUUUUGCCACUCUGGAGAGAGACGGAAAGCUGCCAUAUAAUUGGUGAGUGUCAC